CGUAUACGCGAAGCUUGAGCUUUCCCUUUUCUCGUCUCUUGUCGGCGGCCAUGGCAGACGACGACGACUGCCCUCCCCUCGCCGUCGAGCUCCCGCCGCAGGCGAACUUUCCUCGGGCUCCCGCUUCCUCCUCCAAUUCCGUCUCCGCACCGGUCGGCGUUACCGUCAUCACCGGCUACCUCGGCGCCGGCAAGUCCACGUUAGUCAACUACAUUUUGAGUGCGCAACAUGGGAAGAGAAUAGCAGUAAUACUGAAUGAGUUCGGAGAGGAAAUCGGAGUAGAAAGAGCAAUGAUUAAUGAGGGACAAGGUGGUGCCCUUGUCGAGGAGUGGGUGGAGCUAGCAAAUGGAUGCGUUUGUUGCACUGUAAAACACAGCCUGGUUCAAGCACUUGAGCAACUGGUACAGACUAAGGAGAGAAUGGAUCACAUAUUAUUGGAGACAACUGGUUUGGCUGAUCCUGCACCACUUGUAUCCAUUCUCUGGCUGGACGAUCAGUUGGAGUCAUCAAUCAGACUAGACUCUAUUAUUACGGUUAUUGAUGCAAAGAACUUCAGGCAGCAAAUUGACGAACACACAAACUCUUCAUCAUUUCCGGAAGCAUUUCAUCAAAUUGCAUUUGCGGAUGUUGUGAUUUUGAACAAAAUUGAUUUAGUAAAAGACGAUCUCGAGGAUUUGGAAAGGAAAAUUCAUGAUGUCAAUGCUCUUGUUACAGUGGUGCGCUCUGUCCGAUGCCAGGUUGACUUAAAUACAAUAUUUGAUCGACAGGCAUAUGGUGUAAAGAAUUCAUCGCAACUACAGGAGCUUCUGGAGUACAGUAAAUCAGUACCACCAAAUAGUCGUCAUGAUAGCAGUAUUUCCACCCUGUGCAUUUCUGAACAGGAUCCAGUCGACUUGGCUAAGGUGGAAUCAUGGCUUGAAGAUCUUCUUUGGGAGAAGAAGUCUAACAUGGAUAUAUAUCGUUGCAAAGGGGUUUUACAUAUUCAUAAUUCGAAUCAACUUCAUACAUUACAGGCAGUGAGGGAAGUCUAUGAGGUUGUCCCGGCCCGAGAAUGGUCUGAUACGCAAUCUCGCACGAACAAGAUAGUUUUCAUAGGACGUGAUUUGGAUAUCAGUAUUCUUCAAGAUUCAUUCAGUCGCUGCAAGCACUGAUUAUCUAAUGAUUUGCACGACACCAUGGUCACAGGUACUUGUACUUCCAUACCAUCGAAUACUACAUGGAGGCUCACACAGCAUAGGCUUCCAUGUUCAUGAAGUUGCAUUCCAUCGAAAAAUGUUCAGUUGGGGCAAAGCAAUUUUCAGUGCCAAUAUCAAGAGACUAUUCCAACUACUUCCAACUGUUGUUGUAGAAUUCUGUGCCAUCAAAGCGCCUCUCUGGUAUAGUAGUUAAAAAGACAUUCUGCUGAGCAUCUGUAUAUGCUCAACAGCGAACGCAACUGUUUUAAGUUUUGCAGAGGACACAUGUAUAAUCUAAAACGAUGUGGAAGGAUCCUAGUUGUAGUAAUAUUGGAAGUGAUGAACCACAUAGUGGGAGGCCAUGGGCUGAAGAUCCCUUCCAGAAUUGGUGGCCUUUUGGCCACUUGGGGCUGCCAGUGAGCCAGUCUGUACCAUUCAGAGCAGAAUACAUUUAUCUUCUUUUCUUUACUAGAAACAAUACAGCUAGUUGUGGGCUUGUGGGUACUUGGCUCUAUUCUGAGAAAUUUCGAUCUUACAUCA